UCCGAUCCUCAGCUCCCUUCUCCCUCUGUUCUUCCAUUGGAAUACUCACACCUAUACAUACACCACAAUACACCACCAAAUAUAUAUAUAUUCCUUCAUCAUCAAACUUCUUCUUCCUCCUCUUCUCUUCUUCUCCCCAAUCCUUCCUCUCCACCGCUCUGGUCGUCAUCUUCAGCUAGCACCAAGCAAUGCCCGCGCAGAAGCGUCAAACCUCGGAGAAUGCGGACGGCGAGCGCCAGCCUCCAGCGAAGCAGUCCCGGCGCGAGCCGGAGGAUGCCGAAGAGGAAGCUAAGGAGGAGGAGGAGGACGAGGAGGAGGAAGACGACGACGAUGGCGCAGGUGAGGAGGAGAAGCGCGAGCCGGGGGAAGGCGGAGAAGAUUCCGACGGGAGCACCUCCUCUAUCCUCGAGGAAAAAUCUGAAUAUGUUUUGGUAAAAUUAUCUGAUGUUCGUAAAGAUGUACAGUGUCCAAUUUGCCUGGGUAUUAUCCGGAAAACGAGAACUGUUAUGGAAUGCCUGCAUCGGUUUUGCAGGGAAUGCAUUGACAAAUCUAUGCGAAUGGGGAAUAAUGAGUGUCCAGCUUGCCGCACUCACUGUGCUAGUCGACGAUCACUGAGAGAUGAUCCAAAUUUUGAUGCUUUAAUAGCAGCUUUGUAUCCAGAUAUUGAUAAGUAUGAGGAAGAGGAACUGGCUUUGCACGAGGAGGAGAAGAAUCGCAACAAGCAGAUACAAGCAUCCAUUGCCCAAAUCUUUCAACGACAAUCGGAAGCACUUGUCAAAAGACGCACGACGGGUAAGGAUUUAGCCAGUGGAUUUCCAACAAGAUUGCAGCGUAAUUUGAGGUCUGCUUCAUCAAGAAGACGGAGAAAUUCCCGAGGCAAUAACAAUCAGGGAUCUGAAGACAACGAGGAUGAAAAUGAAAGUAAUGGUGUAAAAGACUCGGGUUCUGCUGAUGAGCGAGGUACAGAAGUAAGGCAGAGGCGCCGGAAGAGAAGGAGAGGACCUCGUCAAAGACAGCCCUCUUCAUCAGCUGAUGGGGAGUGUGUUGAGAAUGAUGUAGAAACAGGCAAAGUUGGCAGAGGAGUUUCUCCUGGAAUUGUGUGGAACCCUGAAAUGCUUGCUUGGGGCAGGGGAGGUACAAGGAGUCACACACGUCAUGGUGGCAUUAAUGGCUCGAGCAAGAAUUCCAGAAACAACCGCUUGUCCAAGUUGGUGGAACAUCUUCGAAGUUUAGAGGAAAAUGAUGAGCUGGAUGUUCAUUUGAUGCUCAUUUCGCUGGACAAACAGAAUUCUCUGAAGCAGCCAUAUCUUUGUUGUCGCCCAAAACAUUCCAUUAAACACCUAUGUGAGUACAUUGCUCACCAAACAAGCCUGCAAGUUGAAGAAGUUGAAAUCUUGGCAGUAAAAGAGCACUCAAACUCCGUCAAGCACCAAAGCAUCCCAAAUCUUUCGGGUGAACGCCGUGUUGCCUUAGAUAUUGAUCCACAUAGCAGGGACAUGCAAAUUCUUGAAGGGGAAGAGACUUUGGGUAGAGCAAUAGCAAACCACCGAGGCACUGAGAAGUAUUUGAUUCUAGGGUAUCGGCAGAAGAAGGGUGCUGCCAUUUCUUGACGGACAUCGAACACAAAAAAAGUGUUGUGCUAGUUCCCUGUAAAUACGAAACAUGCAGAGCAGCAGUAGCUGGAGGGUUCUCGAGUCGAGCCGUUGUGAGCAAUAGAAUGUCGAAUAUGCAGUUUGACCUUUCUCCUAAAGCUGUGCCUGUGCAAGAGAUAUCCUAUGCGGGCUUCUUAUUUGGUUUUAUCAUCGGUCCCCAGGUUCACAUUCCUUGUGAAUUUUCUGCUUCACUAAUAGAAGAGUCGAUGUGAGGUGGCAGAUGACUGGUCUAAGCCACUCUACUUGUGGUGUGAUUGCUUGGAUUCGCUUACGAUUAUUAUAUAACUAAUAGUUGAUUGAUUAA